GGACGGGACUUGGUUAUUCCGGCUGGCGAUUCCGUGGCGUUCGGGUUGAAAAUUUUGCGAUAAGUGCGGUAGCAAAGUGUACUCUAAUCGGCGUGAAGUAGUGCAGGUCAUUUCGGGUCGAGUGAUAGUACCAUAAGUGAAAAAGGUGACAAAUACGGAACUUAGUGAAUACCUUGGAGGAAAAGACUUCUGAGAAUCAGGAGAAAAGUGAAGGUGUUUUUGAAGUUUCCUAAAGAACGAUUCUUAGGGGGGAACAUUUGAGGACUGUGACCUGUUGUGGUGAAUUUUAGUGUGAAAUACGUGGAUUAAGGAAAACGGACUUUAUCUAAAGGAGGAGUUUUGCUCUGAAACACCUGCAGCAGUGGAUAUUUACAAUAAUCGAUUCUAAUCAGCUGCAAAUCUACAAAACUUUGCUAAUCAACGACGCCCCCCUUUACCGCUCUGCCAUUGUCGUCCACGAUGGCACCGAACGUCCUUGGCAAUACGCUACUCCUGGCGGAGGCAUGCAUACAACCGGAAGACCCCAACAACAACCAGAUCAAAGCCAACAAAUCGAUUCUGAAUGUGCGAACCACCACGGCAGAGCCUACUGCGACGGCGAUAGUGACAGCAGCGAAGACAUGGGCCCAAGUUGACGACUUCCAGAAGACUGAAUCCAGCAGCAGCACCAGAAGCAGUAGUAGUAGUUCCAGUAGCUCCUACUUCCAGGCCGCUUUGGUGUGGCGAAACAUUAUCGCUUUCGUGUAUCUGCACGGUGGAUUCCUGUAUGGACUGUAUUUGGCGUUUACCGUUGCCAAGGGGAGCACUAUUGUAUUAGCUUUCGUCCUGGGAAUGUUCGGCGCUUUCGGCAUCACGGCCGGUGCCCAUCGCCUGUGGUCCCACAAGGCUUACAAGGCCAAGUGGCCGCUCCGGUUGAUACUGAUGAUCUCGCAGACGCUAGCCUUCCAGAACAGUAUCUACGAGUGGGUGCGGGAUCACCGGGUGCAUCACAAGUUCACCGAUACGGAUGCCGAUCCGCACAACGCCAAGCGAGGGUUCUUCUUCUCGCACAUCGGCUGGCUGAUGAUGAAGAAGCACCCGGACGUGCGGGAGAAGGGCAAGACGGUCGAUAUGGCUGAUUUGGAGACGGACCCGAUCGUGAUGUUCCAGAAGAAGUACUACGCCAUCCUGAUGCCCGUGUUCUGCUUCGUCAUCCCGACGUUUCUGUCGUACUACUUCCUGGACGAAACUUUCUCCAACUCGUGGUACAUCGUGGCCAUCUUCCGUUACGUUUUGUCGCUCAACGGUACCUGGCUGGUGAACAGCGCUGCGCACAUCUGGGGAACGAAACCCUAUGAUAGGAAAAUUUCUCCAACCAACAGCACCUUUGUGGCGAUUGCUGCCGUGGGCGAGGGCUGGCACAACUAUCACCACGUGUUCCCCUGGGACUACAAGACGUCGGAGCUGGGCCAGUACAGCACAAACUUCACGACGGCGGUGAUCGAUUUCUUCGCCUGGAUCGGCUGGGCGUACGAUCUGAAGUCGGUGUCGGACGAUAUGAUCAAGAAGCGAGUGCUGCGGACCGGUGAUGGUUCGCAUCCGUACAGUGAAGAGGCCCUGCGGGAAAAGAUGGUCGACUACAUCAACAAUCUGGAUCACGAUAACGAGAAGGUCGUGUGGGGCUGGGACGAUCAUGAUAUGGCCGAGGACGAUCGGAGGGACGCCACGGUUAGCAACAAGAAGGAGUAGCGGAAGGGCGGUGCGUGACCGUGGCUCUCUUCUUUUACGCGGGGGAUCUUAGGGAAACCGGCCCGGUGCCGGUUUUCUCCGACUGCUGGAGGUUAUUAAGUAUACUACUACGGGGUCAAUGUUGAUGUACUUGCUUUGAUCGAUGAUGGAUUUCUCUUGUGUAGGCUAGCGGGGAGGGUUCCCCCUCCAAGUGGUGCGGGGGACUUGCUAGUAUUUAGACAACGAGGAAGAAACUGUAGCUCAAGUGAAUUGUUUAAUUUAUUCUUUAGUUCUUCUUGCGUGAUGCAAGAAUACUCUAGCGCUAAGUGAAUAUCUUACGGAUACAGUAGUUGUAGCGUUUCGUACGAUCUAGGAUGACUAAAUACAACUUUUUCAACAAUACAAAAUGCAUUGUUAUUAUA